AUGAAGGGGCAGGAGACAAAACGCUUUAUAAGAUGCAGAGGUGGAGGAUUAUUGGCAGGGCUUGGUUACAAUUCAUCUAUUGAUAAUUACAAAGUGGUAAUAGUUUUUUCUGAAAGAAAAAGUGAUUUGGCAUGUGGUUAUGUUUAUAAUCUCAAGACAAAUUCAUGGAAACGACUUAAAAAUUUUUACUUCCCUUACAAGAACUCUAGGCAAGUUAACAAUUUUGGAAAUCUUUUCUUAUCCGAUGAAACCUGUUUAGGCUAUCUACCUGAGGAAACGGGCUAUUUACUUGAGGAAACAGGAACGACAAUAGUGAAUGGAGCUCCACAUUGGGUAACAUUGAGUUCAAGCAGAGAUUGCCUUUGUGAAACUCGACUUCGACGGGAAAAAGGUUUUAUUGAAUAUAAGUUUGAGGUUUGGAUUAUGAAGGAAUAUGGAGUGAAAGAAUCAUGGAUUAAAUUGUUGAACUUGCCAUUUGAUUUGAGGUUUUCUUUAAUGAGUGACAUAAGGCCAUUGUUUGUUUCAAAGAAUGGUGAUGAAGUGGUCAUGGUUACAGAUUGGAGUGACAUGAUUUCAUUCAACACUAGAACAGGAGAAGUGAAGAAAGUUUCAAUGCUUGAUAGGGGUCAUGUGGUAGGUUCUUAUGAGGAGAGUCUUGUUUCACCAAAUCAAUUCAGUAUGUCAUGCUCAGAAGAUGCAUAUCUUGUUGGUUCUGAAUUUCUUUCUGUGAGCACGGGGAAACCGGAGUUGCUAGAUCUGUUUUUCAGCAGCAACUUCAGAUGUCACCAGCAAAAGUAA